ACCUCGGCACUAAAGUAAUUUAACUUCCGGUAUAGAUCACAAACCUAUUGCAUAAGUUAAUGCCCUAUUCUCUGUAAGUUUUAAAUAUUUUGUUGUUGAUGCCUCGUAAGAAGCCUUUCAGCUCUAAGCAAAAGAAGUUUCAGUUACAAGAAAAGCGCAGAAGAAAGAGGAACGAUAAUGAUAGCAGUGAUGACAGUGAAGGAGAGCAAGCCACCAGUAGCGAAAGGUUAGAGGUCAACAAGCAACCUAAAGAUUUUGCCGGCAAGAAAAAUGACCCAAACAGGUAUCGCCUUCAUUUUUUCAAAGAAAGUAAACAGGAAGUGGAUGAGAGAAAAUUAAGGGCAAAGACUGAGCCUGUUAUUCCUAAGAAACUGACAGAUUUGGAGAUUGAUUUUGAGACUGUCUACAGGCCAGGGUCUGUUUUAGACAUUCCAAAGCGACCACCAUGGGACUACUCUAUGUCCAAACAACAACUGGAAGCCAGAGAAGAAAAGUACUUCCAGAAAUAUGUUGCUGGUAUCAUGGAGGAACACACUGCCAAGGAGCUGAGUUACUUUGAGAUGAACUUGGAGACCUGGCGACAGUUAUGGAGGGUGAUGGAGAUCUCGGAUGUGCUGCUUCUGAUUGUAGAUGUUAGAACACCGGUUUUGCACUUUUCACCAGCUUUGUACAGCUAUGUGACAAAAACUCUGCACAAGUCCAUGAUAGUGGUCAUAAACAAAAUAGACCUGGCUCCAAGGGCCUUAACUGUGGCAUGGAAACACUACCUCUUGACUAAAUUUCCUGAGCUCAAAAUUGUCCUCUUUAGCUCAAAUCCUUCAGAAGCUGAAUAUGCUAAAGGUGGUGAGCUUCAGCAACAGAGAAGAGCCUUUAAAAGAGGAAAAAUUAACAGAUACAAUCAGUCAGUAGGUCCAUUGCAGCUACUGCGAGUUUGUCAGGAAAUUGUAGGGAAUAAAGUUGAUUUGUCUAGCUGGGAGGAGAAAAUUCAUGCAGACCCAGAUGAUGAAGUGAAUGACAUUGACGAAUCUCUCCCUUCUGAAGAAAAAGAAGGACAUGAGAUGUUUAAUGGUGGAGUUCUUACCAUAGGAUGUUUGGGAUAUCCAAACGUUGGAAAAUCCUCUUUAUUGAACGGACUUGUGGGAAAGAAGGUAGUAAGUGUGUCAAAAACCCCUGGACACACCAAGCAUUUCCAGACAAUAUUCCUGACACCCACGGUCAAGCUUUGUGAUUGUCCAGGUCUAGUCUUCCCGUCUAUAGUAGAUAAAUCAUUGCAGAUUAUUGCUGGCAUCUAUCCAAUUGCUCAAGUAAGGGACCCAUAUUCUGUGAUUGGGUACUUGGGGGAGAGGAUCAAUUUACCAAAGCUGUUAAAACUGAAGCACUCAGACAUUGAUGAGGGUGACCAAUGGACAGCCUUUGAUAUCUGUGAAGCUUGGGCUUUGAAGAAAGGAUUUUUAACAGCUAAAGCUGCUCGACCCGAUGCCUACAGGGCUGCCAAUCAUCUCCUAAGAAUGGCUUUGAUAGGGCGGAUCUGCUUGUGUUUGCGACCCCCAGGUUAUACUGCUGAUGAAGAACUAUGGCUCCAUCACCAGGAGACGAAGCAGCUGUCUGAGGAACUCCAUAAGUUUGAGGCCAAGGACGUGGAAAAUGAAAGUGGCGAGGAGACUACAGAUGAUGAAUUUCAGCAAGAGAAGGGAGACAACUCUCCCUCAGUAAGUGAAGAUAAUUCCUCAUCACAGGAAGAUGAGGGGGAGAGAGGUAUCAUGGGAGGAAGGAAUCCAUUUGCCGCACUGGCUGGGGAUGACUAGUCAGCUCAUUCUAUAGAGCUUUGUUAUUUCUAUAUCAAUUUAGGAUUCAAGGUGAACGUUUACAAGUUAAGGUUUGAUGAUGUUUUAUUAUAUAUUCCAGUAUUAGCAAAGAAGAAAAACACCUUUUUUUUACAUACAGUUGUAGCAGUAAAAUGAGUUGGUGCAAUGAGUUUUUUUUUUACUCUAAGUAACCUUGGAGCUAAGUAGAGUUUGUUAUGAAAUGAUUCUGUUUUUGAUUAUAUGAAUAAAUAUGUUGUCAAAUUUUAUAACAUCAGUUCAACCUUUUUAUAUUUAUUAUAUGAACUUGUGUUACUUUUUUAUUACCUUUAAUAAAUAAAGAUGUACUCUUGUA